AUGAACGACGCAGGUGUCUCUAGGCAAAUCCAGCAGAUGUUGGUCGAAGCCGACAAGAAGAAGAUUAGACAAGAGUACAAACGCAAAGAGCGCCAAGUCGAAAUUCGCAAGAAGAUGCUCAUUACCAAGAGAUCAAGAGCGCAUGGUCUUGUGGAGGAUUCUGAGAAUGCGCGUUUCAUGAUUUUUGAGAGGGGUCCAAGGGCUUUUAUUGAUGAAACAGUUAAGUUGUUGCGUGGACUCACUGCCCAGGGUUCGUCCACACAGAGUCUGUGUCAAUCUGCAUCUGAUUUUAUCGAUGAGAGAGUAGCUGUUUUGAGUUGCUUAAGAUAUUCACUUGCCACAUUUUUGGCUCAGGUUUAUAUGGAAGUUGAUACAAUUGGAGAGGAGUUAGUGGCAGAUCCAGAGACGAAGCUGCCCUCGUUAGUUACAAUUAAUGAUUUGUUUUCAAUAUUAGAAACUUCAAUUGGACAUCUACAUGCAACACGUCAGAGUGAUUCUUCUGUCGAUGGGAGCUAUUCAAUCCCUCUGCUAUUUGAGAAGUUGCCAAAAAUAAAUCAGGAGGGAUCUCCGUGGACAGAUUGUGAAAUAACAGAUGCUAUCAAUCUAGUUUAUCAAAAUUUAGACAAGCUGGAUGCAUACAUAUCAUUUCUUGUCAUCAAACAUAGAAAGCCAAGGAAAAUGACUCAAUAUUGGAUCCGUUAUACAUGUGGUGCAGUUGGGCUGUCAGUAUGCUCCAUUUGGCUCUUGCGGCAUAGUAGAUUGGUGGGAAGUUCUGACCUUGAUAAUUGGGUUCAGGAAGCUAGGAGCUCAACAAUUAGGUUUCUUAAGAACCACGUAGAGCAAUUGAUUUUGUCUAUUAGGGAUGAACUUUUGGAGACAUUCAGGAAGAGACAUCAAGGUUUUAUGGACCUUGAAGAGCUAUUGAUUGCAAGCUUGACUAGUUGUGAUGGCUUCGGUACCAUAGACUGCAGAGAGGGAUUUGGUUUGGUGAUUGUGCUGCGCUCUGUUUCUGUGGGUUCUGUUGUGUUGCAAAUCGUAUAUGGGGGAACAGGGUAUAUGGGGGAACAGGGUUGUUUAAGUUUCGGCCUCGAGGAUGUUGGUAGAGAACUCACGACAUAUGAAGAAGAACAUGGUUCGGUGUUUGGUUGCACAGCAGAAAAGUUGGAUGCUCGUUUAAUGGAAGCAAAUUGUUAG